GGGCCGCGGCAGCUCCCUUCCCGCCGGCCCGACCGGGGCCGCGGCGGGGCACGUGGCCGGCGGGGGGCCCUCCUCCACCCGGGCCCCCAUAAAGGCGGCGCGGCCGGCGGGGCGGGACGCGGGGCUCGCUGGCGGGACGCGGCCCGGGCCGCCGCGACGGCUCCCGACCCCGUCCGCCGUCACCGAGGGCUGCCGGGGCCCCGCGGGUUCUCCCCAUGGAGAUCUCCCUCAAGUACCUGCCCGGCGGACGGGCCGCCGCCAGCGGAAACAUGAUGGCUCAGUCAGAUUUAGAUCUAAAAGAGACGGCUCUGAAAGAGGAUUUGAAGUUUUACUUCAUGAACCCAUGUGAAAAAUACAGAGCAAGACAUCAAAUACCAUGGAAACUGGCGUUGCAGAUUUUGAAGAUACUUAUGGUAACUACCCAGCUUAUCUUUUUUGGUUUGAGUAACCAGUUGGUGGUUUCAUUCAAAGAAGAAAACACUAUUGCUUUUAAACACCUAUUCCUGAAAGGCUAUUCUGGAGUUGAUGAGGAUGACUACAGUUGCAGUAUAUAUACACAACAGGAUGCUUAUGAUAGCAUUUUUUAUGUUAUUAAUCAGUACAAGCAAUUAAAGAACAUAUCCCUGGGGAUACUUGGUUAUGAACAUGAAGGGUCAGGUUUAAAAAUCUGUAAGCAACAGUACAAGAAAGGCACAAUGCUUCCUGCCAAUGAUACGAUGAGUAUAGAUGUUUCUACUGAAACAGAAUGUAUCUUUUUUAAGCCACAGGAGCUAUCUGGUAAGAAGGCUGAACUGAAGCUGAACUCCUCUUUUUUCAAUCUUGAAUUUUACAGGCUUAUACAGGUUGAAAUCUCCUUCAAGCUGAAAGGCAUUGCUCUACAGACAAUCCAUGCCCGUGAAUUGCCUGACUGCUAUGCGUUUCAAAAUACUAUAACUUUCAAUAAUAGAGCCCACAGUGGAAAAAUCAAAAUCUAUUUUGAUAGUGACACUGAUAUUCAAGAAUGUAAAGACUGGCACGUAUUUGGCUCUGUUCUCCAGAAAAACACUCAGUAUAUUCUAGUCUUUGAUGGAUUUGUCAUUUUAAGUUGCGUUGCUUCUCUCAUCCUCUGCACACGAUCCAUUGUUCUUGCCUUGAGACUACAAAAAAGAUUUGUGAACUUCUUCUUGGAGAAAUAUAAGCGUCAUGUCUGUCACGCUGAUCGCCUGGAGUUCAUAAAUGGGUGGUAUGUCCUGGUAAUUAUCAGUGAUGUGAUGACAAUCAUUGGGUCGAUCCUAAAAAUGGAAAUAAAAGCCAAGAACCUCACAAGUUACGACGUCUGCAGCAUUUUACUUGGAACAUCAACUUUGUUUGUCUGGGUUGGAGUCAUCAGAUACCUGGGAUAUUUUCAAACCUACAAUGUGCUCAUUUUAACUAUGCAAGCAUCAUUGCCCAAAGUGCUAAGGUUUUGUUGUUGUGCUGGGAUGAUUUAUCUUGGCUAUACUUUCUGUGGUUGGAUUGUCCUGGGACCUUAUCAUGAAAAGUUUGAAGAUCUGAACACGGUGGCAGAGUGUCUGUUUUCUUUGGUCAACGGUGAUGAUAUGUUUGCAACAUUUGCUCAAAUCCAGCAGAAGAGCACUCUGGUGUGGGUGUUCAGUCGGUUGUAUCUGUACUCCUUCAUCAGCCUGUUUAUAUACAUGAUUCUCAGUCUUUUUAUUGCACUCAUUACCGACUCCUAUGACACCAUAAAGAAAUACCAACAAAGUGGGUUUCCAGUAACAGACCUACAUGAAUUUCUAAAAGACCAUGCCAGUGUUGGUUACAGAAAAGAACAGACUUCCAUGCCGCUCAUCUGCUGCUGUAGGAGACAAGAGAGUGAUGACAACUUGAUACUUAUUAACUGAUGAUUACACAUUGAAAUUCACUACUAAUAUAUGCAAAAGAAACAUCGUUGUAUGGAGAAGAAUUCUCCAAAUUGCAAUGAAACCAACUAUCUGGACCUGCCUUGUUGUGAACAGACUAAUCCUACCUUAUUUAAGGUGUUGGGGGAAGAGAAGCUGCUGAUGGGACAUCCGCUGGCUGACCAGGAGGAGAGCCCAGAAGCUGCCUCUGGAGGAGAGCUGUGAAGAACUCUCUAUUCUUGCCCCGAGUGCUGUCACAUUAAAGAAGGUUGUUCCUUGAGCUGAGUCCAUGGGAGCUCUGUUUGCUAAUCACCCCUAGGAGGAAGGAAAGUGGCCCUGAACCAACUGUUGUUGUUAGUAAGAAAAAGAAUAAUAUGAAAAUAAUUUUUUAAAAAUAAUUCCAUGUUAAAAAGUAUUAAAUAAAAGGUAGUCAAGGAGAAGGGAGAAGUUUUACGCUUAAAGUGAUGCAUUCAGCCUGUAAUUUCUACUUGGCACAAUUCAUUUCCUUGGAAUAAAUUUAUGUAAAACUACAAAGCUGCACAAAAGUGCAAAAUAAUUGCUGUUCUCCUUCUUGUGUACCACUUCAGCACAUCUAUAGAUCACAUUUUUUUUUUAACAGUUUUACUA